AAGGGUGACAUGGAGCCUCUCUGGCUGCUCAUCCUGCUCUUUGUCACAGAGCUGUCCAGAGGCCUCAACACCACAGUGUUCCAGGGCCUGGCAGGCCAGUCCCUGCGGGUCUCCUGCCCCUAUGACGCCUUCAAGCACUGGCGGAGGCGCAAAGCUUGGUGCCGCCAGCUGGGUGCAGAGGAGCCGUGCCAGCGGGUGGUCAGCACCCACAGUUCGUGGCUGCUGUCCUUCCUGAACAUGCGGAAUGGGAGCACGGUCAUCAAGGAUGAUGCGCUGGGCGGCACGCUCACCAUUACGCUGAAGAAUCUUCAAGCCCAGGACUCUGGCCUCUACCAGUGCCAGAGCCUCGAUGGUAGCGAGGCCGACACUCUCAGGAAAGUCCUGGUGGAGGUCCUGGCUGACCCUCUUGAUCGCCAGGACCCCGGUGAGGUCUGGAUCCCGGAGGAGUCCCCGAGCUUUGAGGACUCCCAGGUGGAGCAAAGCAUCUCCAGGAGCCUCUGGAGAAACGAGAUCCACUUUCCACCGACUUCCACCCUUUUCCUCCUGGCCUGCGUCUUUCUCAACAAGCUUCUAGCCGUCGGCGCCCUCUGGGCUGUGGUCUGGCAUAGGCAGAAACGGGGGACAGCCCCCGCCAGUGGGCCUGACUGUGGCCAGGACCCGGGUGACCAGCUCCAGACUCUGACAGGGCUGACAGGCACCUGAGAGGAGUGGACCUAGGACGACAGGCCCUGGAGAGAUCUGCAGGGACCACCCCGCCUGCGCACUCGCCCUCAGCCAUCAAGACUCCCGGUUCCCCUUUGGCAAAACGCCACUUUGCCUGUACUCUGCUUGCCCUGGCCCCAGAGAUGUGUGUGUGUGUGUGUGGGGGGGGCAUUGGACAU